CCCAAAGCCACACUCGGACAGUCGAUCGUGUUCGUGUCACUAGGGUUUCUGCUCCCCCUCCUCCUCGCCGCCGCGAUGAGCGCCACCAGGCCGGACCACCGGCGGCACCAGUCGCCGUUCCUCCGGGACCUCUCGUCCCCGAUAUCCUCGUCCUUCCGCAUGCCCCCGGCGUCCGUGCGCCGCGAGGCCCAGGCCUCCACCCCGCCGCCGCCUCCCCCGCUGCUCUCCCUCGAUGACCUGUCCCGCCACUCCCCCUCCCCGCCGCCCUACACGCCUCCGCAGGCAGCCAUGUCCCCGUCGCCUCCUCCCCCUCGCGGGGGGCUCUUCUCCACCCCGCAGCGCUCCAACGGCUCCCCCUCCCCGGCGGCGUGGUGGUCCCCCUCGAGGGAGGAGAAGGCCAGGGAUAGUUCCCCGGUCGACGGAGUCGUACAUCAGCAGCAGUCCCCGGCGACGGCGUCCGGACAGCAGCCGCAGCAGCAGCAGCAGCAGGUGGCGCUGAUCACGCUGCCGCCGCCCAGGGAGGUCGCGCGUCCGGAGAUGCCGAGGGACUCGGUGCUCUCCACUGGCCGGGUCGACGAGGAGGAAUGGGUCACCGUUUUUGGUUUUCUGCCGGUUGAUACCAACUUUGUACUGAGAGAAUUUGAGAAAUGUGGGUUAGUCUUGAGACACGUUCCUGGUCCGAGGGAUGCGAACUGGAUGCAUAUCUUGUAUCAGAGCCGUCAUGAUGCACAGAAGGCACUCGCCAAACAUGGUCAGCAGCUAAACAGUGUUCUUAUCAUUGGGGUGAAGCAAGUGGAUCCAUGGCAGCGACCGUAUCUGAACGAAAACACCGAUGACACCUACAACGGCGGCAUGUCGGUUCCAUUUCCGUUGCAAGCCGUAGCGCCGAGCGGUUUCACUACCAGGAACGCGUUAGCGCCUUUGCCGAGCAAUUCCAUGCAAAACGGCAACGAGGGCAACCGCGGGGCAUCCGGCGCCAUCGCUUCGCCCGCGAAAUCGGUCUUGUCCAAAGUCAUGGACGUGAUGUUUGGCCUCUAAUUUUUUGUUGGCGAUGUAUCAAGGCAAAACGAGGAUCACUGAUAUAGAUGGCACUGCCAUAACAUAUGUUUUCUUGUUGUUUGCUUCCGUUGAUGUGAUGCCAUUACAAUGUGUUUCGCCCCAAGGAUUAGAAGUUGUGGAGUUACAUGUCGCCCCAAGGAUUAGAAGUAUCCCUGGUUUUGCCCUCCC